CUAGUCUAAUUUAGGUUUAAUAAAUAUAAUGGAAAAUAACUAUAACGCAGUUGCAUUAAAAAUUUAAUGACAAUACCGAUUAAGUAUCUGUUGCUGUAAAUUAAAAAUACGUUAAUAAUCGUAUCGUUUUUCCAAUUAACGGAAAGAAAAAUGUUGAUAUUUUACUAGUGCAUUGCAAGCAUCAAACUCGGCCGCAGUUAUUCCACAUUAUAAAACUCGUUGAGAGACUAACUCUCGGGCGCGUAAAACAAAAAUAUCUUAUAUUAGAAUAGACAAUUUAUUGGAUCAAACAUCAGUGAUCGAUUUUGCAAGCCAGGCAGUGAACGUUACAACUAUUUGAUGUGAAUAAAAGUGAAUAUCAUUUUACAACAGUUGUUGAAUGCAUUUUGGGUAUUAUACAAUAAUAUAUAAAGAUGGGAUGUGAGUUAACUAAAUUAGCAGCGUCGGAGAUCAACCAUGAUGCAAUUGAUCGACCACCGCCACCGUCCGAUCCACGGUCGCCGUUGACGGCGAAACAACAGUACUGCAUGCUGGCGUCUUGGAAAGGAAUCUUUAGACAGAUCGAGAAGACGGGAAUUAUAUUAUUCGUGAAAUUAUUUGAAGAAAACCAAGAGCUACUAAACUUGUUCGAGAAAUUCAGCGAAUUGAAGACUAAAGAAGAACAAGUGAUGUCCACGGAAUUAGCAGAGCACGCCAAUAAAGUGAUGCAUACCCUGGACGAAGGCAUCAAGGGUCUGGGUGAUGUAGACUCAUUCUUCGCGUACGUGAGGCAUGUAGGUGCUACACAUCAUCAAGUACCAGGAUUCAAAUCUGAAAAUUUUUGGAAAGUCGAGAAACCAUUCCUGGAAGCUGCGAAAACGACCCUCGGGGACCGAUACACGCCUAAUAUCGAGAAUAUAUACAAACUGACUAUAAAAUUCAUAUUAGAGAAUCUGGUGAAAGGCUACGAAGAUGCCAAAGUGGAUAAUGUUGCUAGUCAAACUUGA